GACUCAUCCUCAUCCGACUGAUAAACUUCAAGAAAGGUCUCAAGACAAGAAUGGAGAAAAUUACUACUGCAGAUGCCACUGGAAGAAAUGGCUCUUUGUAUGAUGACGAUGAAGAGUAUGACUAUAAAGAUGAACAUGCUGAGCUGAAACAGUCUCUUAAAAUCAUGUCUCUCAUUGUUUACUGCCUGGCCUUUGUUCUUGGUGUGCUCGGUAAUGGAGUGGUUAUCUGGGUGACCGGGUUCAAGAUGAAGAAAACGGUUAACACAGUUUGGUUCCUCAACCUCGCUGUGGCCGACUUCCUCUUCACAGCAUUCCUGCCCCUGAGUGUGACGUACAUGGCUAUGGACUUCCACUGGCCUUUAGGCAAGUUCAUGUGCAAACUUCACAGCACUAUGACCUUUCUGAACAUGUUUGCCAGUGUCUACAUUCUGGUGGUGAUCAGUGUGGACAGAUGUGUGUCUGUGGUGUGGCCCGUCUGGACCCAGAACCAUCGAAGUGUACGCAAGGCGUCCUAUGUGAGUCUGGGUUUUUGGGUUCUGGCUCUGAUUCUCAGUGCUCCAUACUUCAUUUUCAGGGACACUGGAAUCGAUGACAACAUUAAGUGCUAUAGCAACUUUGCUUUUUCUGAUGACUAUGAAACACCAUCUGUAAAUCAGCUGCGACAGUUCCGUCAUCAGGCCAUGACCAUCACCCGCUUCCUCCUGGGAUUUGUUGUUCCCUUCACUGUCAUUGUCUCCUGUUAUGCUGUGAUAAUCCAUCGUAUCAGAAGAAACCGUACCCUGGCCAGCCAAUCAAGUCGCCCUUUUAAGAUCAUCACUGCAGUUAUCACCGCGUUUUUCCUGUGCUGGGCUCCAUAUAAUGGUAUGACUUUAGUUGAGAUAGUGAAUUCUAAUCAUGCAAAUGAAACAUUAAACUAUGUCAUCACUAUCGGAGUCCCUAUAGCAAACAGCCUGGCCUUUCUCAACAGUUGCUUAAACCCACUGCUGUAUGUGUUCAUGGGCCAAGAUUUCAAAGACAAAGUUCAUAAAUCCAUCCUGAAUGUUUUGGAGACUGCCUUCCAGGAAGAGCUUUCUCGCUCUCACACCUACAAAAGGUCUAUGGUCACCAGUCGAAGCACUGAGAUGUAAAUUAGUGUUGCUGAGGUAUAAGGUUAUCCACGAUAUGAAUAAACAAAUACUGUAAGAGCAUGUAUAGCGAAUCUUUUUCACAUGAAUGUAACUGUAAAAAAUAACAAUGUUUUUAUGUUUUUGUAUUAUAAAUACCUACAUAUGAGUUACUUAUAUUCCAAAGGUAGCAGUUGUAGGGUUUACAUAAGUUAGUUUUUCAUUAUUCCUUAACCCUUGGACAACAUACAGACCACUUAUUCUUUCUGUAGAUACAGAGUAGGUAUGUUUGUAUCACACACACAACUCAUCUGAUAACACCUCAUGAUAAUUUAUCCUAACUACCAAGUUGUCUAUCACAUAAUGUACAUUUUGCUCUUGGCAGUCUUUCUUUUUAUCAUUAUAGCCUUUUUUCAUCAUAUUCAUUUACCAGCAGAGUGAACUGUUUUACAUCUUAAAGUAUAUUUCAAGUCAAAUGUGUGGCUGACUCA